CCAAUGAAACUUCAAACCCGAAAAGGCAAAUAACAAUCUUUAUUGACAAAUGAUAAUAAAAAGUUUACCAUAAACAAGCCACAAAUAAACUCGAUUAUUACCACAAUUGUGUUACCAAACAUAAUUCGCGUGCAUUAAUCGGUUCGGAGGCCCCAUAGAUUUUCAUUUUUUCAGUGAAAAUGAGCCGCCUAAAAUAGGAAUUUUAUAGGCAACCGAGUUCUAUAUUUAGGUUACAGAAAGACCCCCCUUUUGGUUAGUCGAAUAUUUAAAUGCUCAAAUUGGCACACCAAAGGCACAUUGAUGGCGAACCAGCAGAGGGAGGCAGAGGUGGUGGUGUAGUCAAACAAUGUCUCCGAUCACUAUAAACCUUGAACUAGGACACAAUGCCUCACUAAGGGAAAAAACUACCGUGGAAGGAUUUACUCACGACUGGGAAGUAUUCGUCAGGGGGUGCAACGGGGCUGAUAUCAGACAUUACAUUGAGAGAGUUGUCUUUCAUUUGCAUGAGACAUUCGAGAAGCCAAAAAGAGUUGUGAAGGAUCCACCAUACUCAAUAAAAACCUCCGGUUAUGCAGGUUUCAUAAUCCCGAUUCAUAUUUACUUAAAAAACAGCCAAGAGCCGCGAAAAAUCCAAUUUAAUUAUGACCUUCGGUUGCAACCGAGCGGUCCGCCAAUCCACGAGGUCCAAAAGGAAAAAUUCACUUUUCAUUCGGUCAAUGAAGAUUUUCGCAAUAAGUUAUUGAAAGGUGGCGCCACCGUAAACGAAUUGACCCAGAGGACAGACGAAAAAAGUCAAAUGUCCAGUAAACCGAGAUUAAGCGGUUCCGAGCAACCGAAAAAAUACAAAUUAAAGCCGGAAGAGUCGAGAACCGAUCAGUUCACCGAUUUGUUCGGUACCCCUAUUACGAAGACCAGUAGGGUACCGGAGAUACCUAAAAGUAAGGAGGUAGCUAAGCCGGUACCCAAAACCAGUGAAAAAGAGAAGACAGAUAAAAAUAAUGACAAAGAUAAGCAGAAGACAUUUAAAAGUCCGCAUAAAGACAAAGAGCGAGCCAACGAUAAACCUAAGGACAAAGAGAGAGAUAAACAAGACGAGAGGAAAUCUUCUUCAAAAGAUGACAGUAAAAAGGACAGGAAAGAUAAGAAAGACAGAGGGGAGCACGGGAAAAAGGAUAGAAAAGAGCGUAGAGAAAAAGAGAAGGAGAGCGGCACCAGGGAUAGAGAUAAAAGUCCAAUGGUGAAACCAAAAAGUCCCAGUCCAAAAAGGUCCCCAAAAAGGCCAAGGAGUCCCUCCCCAGUGAAGCCCAGUAACAAAGACAAGGAGCGAGAAAAAGAUUCCAAGGAAUCCCGAGAUAAGGAGAAAGACAAGAAACCGAAAAAGCAUAAAGACAAAGACAAACAUAGGGACAAGGAGAGAGCAGAUAAAGAAAAGUCUGGAGGGGAUCAUCACAAGAGCAGCAAAAGUAGCACCAAAGAAAAAGAGAAAGAAAACAAUAGUAAUGGAACUCUUAAUAACAGUUCAAUUGUUAAAGAGAGGGAAAAGGAGAGGGACGACAGUCCUGUUGUGAAUUCUGCCCAAAAUCAAAAGGUCGAAAAGAAAGAAAAAGUAAAAGAAAAAGAACCGGAGAAAGGAGAGGAGGCGAAACCCAAAGAUAAGGAAAAGGAGCGAGAAAAGAGCGAAGACAAGCCGAAGCACAAACACAAGAAAAAGGACAAGGAUAGAAAAGAGAAGCGGGACAGAGAUGAUAAGUCACACAAAAAGGAAAAGGAGGAGAAAAGGGAGAGAGAGAAAAUCGCCAGUGUACCUAAAGAAGUAACCAAUAAAGAAAGGGAUAAAACCGAAAAUUUAUUCGGAAGCAGCCCGAAAAGUGACCCGACGCCGAGUCCUCCCCCGCCGGAGCCCGAGCCGGAAAAGUCGGACCCACACCCGCCCCAAAUCGAAGACGAGGAGUCCUCGAACGUUUCGAAAGUUAGCAGCAGAGAACCGAGUCCUGCGGCGGAGCCCCCUCGGCCUCCGGUACUGUCGAGGUCUCCUUCUCCCGUGUCGGUUCCGGAGCCGCCCAAGAAAGCUGCGAGCCCCGAAGAGCCAAUGAAGAAACCGAAAGAGAGCACCGCGCUCCCGAGCAAGAAAAAAGACAAAAAAGAGAAGAAAAAGGACAAGAAGAGCGACAAGGACCACGAAAAAAAGAGGAAACGGAAAGCGGAAGCCGAGACGGAGGUGCCAGAGGAGGAACCGCCGCAGAAGCAGGAGAAAAAGGAGGAGGACACCAAUAAUAAUUCGGAUGACGAGAAGAAAGUGUCUAGUUCAGAGGACGCCAAUCCGAUGCCUUAUACUGAUGACGGUGAAACCUACAUGAACAUGCUGAGGGAACUGCAAACGAAAAUCAUGGGAUUAAAGGACAACUCCGACUUGCAAAAGGUGGUGCAACUAAUAGCGGAAACCGGCAAAUACGAAGUGUCCGCGCACACGUUCGAUUUCGAUCUUUGCCUGCUCGAUCGAUCUACCGUGAUGCAACUACAGAGUUUCUUCUCGUCGUCGGUCAAUUAAGGUUUGACGUACUAUUUUUUUUUUGUAUGGAGACAUUUGAUGACACACAUUUAUUAAAGAUCGUAUAUGUAUUUAAUCCUAAAACAUAAACAAGCGAUUCGAAGGACCAAAAAACAAAAAAAAAUCCUCCAAUUUUGUUUCACUCGAAGGUCAUGAGGUUUAUGAACAAUGACAACGAAAGCCGGGAUUGUGAAUGUAAAUAUUUGCAUGUGUUGUUCGGUAAACCGGGUGGCAUUUUUUUCUUUUUUUUUUUUGUCUAUUUAAUUGAAAUUCUAGAACUUUCUAGAGUGUUCGCGGCGCGCCGAAUCGUGCCCCUUAAAAGUGGGGCCUCAGUGCAUUUGUUUUUGGUGUGAUAUUCUGUUUUUUUUUUAAGUUGUUUUACGAUACAAUGACUAUUAUUUGAACCGUAUUUAUUGUUAUAUAUUUUGUACAUAUUAUUGUGAUUGUUGCAAUUCUUGGUAAAGGUUAGUUAUUUAAUGAUUAAAUUAAAAUAGGCGUAUUUUUUAAUUGGGUCUCACUAUAUAUAUUUAUAUAGAUAUAUUAUGUAUAUAAUAACGUCUUAUGGCAUAAAGAAUAAAUUAUAUAUGGACUUGCAAAUACACCACACGAAUCAUUUUACUUGUAUUAAAAACAUUCUUUAUUAAAGUUUCUCAGAUUCGUUAAUAAUAUUUACACUGUUAUCUGUCAUUAUUUGACAGAUUACGUUGACAUUUUCUUCAAUGGCCGGUUUUAAAGGAUGAGUGAAUUAAGAAGUGCACUUUUAUUAAUUACUGUUACGCCUUAAAUCUUAUAGUUUCCCGACUAGGUUGAAUAUAGAAAAUAACGAGUGAAAGUAAACUUGUUAAUUAUAUUACUUUUGUAGUCGACUUAUAGAGUGUUAUUGUACAGGGUAUUUUAAAAAACUACGGUAUUCUAUACGAAUUUUUCUUAAACGUGAAAAUUCGUUGGUAAAUUUUCUUUAAUUGUUAUGAACUGACGCAGUAAGGAAAGGAAAUUACGUAAUUGUAGAUGAAGUAUAGCAAGAUACUUUUACCCCAUAACCGGGUUUAUUGGACCAAUUCAUGUCUGUAGAAACUAGGUGCUUAUUAUUAAGUUAUUUUAUAAGUUAUUGAUUGGAAUUAUGCGUUACAAAUGGGAGGAAAUCUUUAUUUACUUUAUAAUUGGAUUUUUAAAUAGGUGAUAAAAUGUAUGGAUAUAAAUGUACUGAUUGCCAACUAUAGCACAGGUUGAGUACAAUUUUAUUUAAAAAAACCGAAAACUAAUGAAAGUUGUACUAAAAGCAUCACUAUUAAAUGCUCUAAUUUGACCCCAAUUCUUUCAGGUAAUUAAAAUGUUGAUCGAAGUCUAUUAGGCAUUUAACAUCUCCUGGAAUUAUUACAAAGUAAAUUGUAAGCCUUCGAAACUGUUUUUCGAGCAGUUUUUUCCUUUUGGACGUUAGAUUUUUAGCCUAAUUUAAAAUUUUAUUCCAGGCAUUUGAGGGCAUUUUAAAUUUCUGUCUGAUAUCAUAACCCAAUGCGUUGAGGUAAUUAAAAUCAUUAGCGAAGUCUAUUAGGCAUUUAAAAACAAACGAAAACCUUUAGCCUUUAAACCUAAUUUAAGAUUUUAUUCCAUGCAUGUGAAGAAAAUAAACAAUAUAUAUAUCAAGUGAACCAAAUUCCUUAAUUUCUGAAAAACUAUAAAAGGGUCAUAAUUUUAAAAAAUGUGUGGUGGAGCGGAUCUCUUUGUACGCACAAAUUAGUGCAUAGUAAAAGUUUAAAAAAAUGAUAAAAAAAAUCUUGUUUUUAAAUUGUACUAAGAAGCCCUCAUGGGUGGCUUUCACUAAGAAGGUUUUAAAGUCUCUAUUAAUGCAUAAAAAGUGUCUUAAUUGGAAAAAAUGUUGGUGCGUAGAAUUUGACCACGCACAACUUCUAAUAAAUUACUAAAAAAGACGAGGAAUCUGCUUUAAUAAUUUUACUAAAAAAACAGCUUAUGCUUGGCAAUAGGCUACGCAUCACUAAGAAUGUUCUAAAGUCUUAACUUAUGUAUAUAAAUUGUCUUAGCUGUGUGGUAAUCGUCACAUGCAAGUUUGUUCAAAUAAAUGCAUUUCUAGUAAAUUAUUUAAUGAGUUCUUGAUGUUAGGGGCAUGUAAUUUUCAGGUAGAUCCAUUUGCAUGAAUUUUUCGCUUCUCAUUUAAAAAUGACGGUGGAAUGUUAGUUGAAGAGAGCGUUUGUAAAAUUUGCAUUAAAAAAAUAGCCAACUGUAAAACUUAUGCAGUUUGAGAUUAAUCCAAUAAAGAAGAUAUUGUUUUAGAUCUUUACAAACUUACAAUAUUGGCCCAACGCAAAGCAUCUUUAAAAAAAUUUGACAAUUUUUGAUAGUAAAAAUUAAUUAAUAAAUUUUGUGUAAUUCUUAAACUUAAGAACUGCUUUUUUUUAAAUAUUAAUUUUGCUUUUUAUAUAAUAAUUAAAAGAAAAUGUGUUGGAAAAAGGUAAACCAAUUUUUUAUUCAAUACAUAUUUUUUAAAUAUAAAAAUAACGUUAGUAUGAUAAGUUUCCGUUAUUUUUAAUUAUUUUCAAAUAACGGUUUCGCAUUGAAGAAUAAUUUGAUGAUCCAAUUUUUUCCAUGGUAAUUCUAGGGUUCAUAAAAUUCUUUAAAAAACUAGUAAAGCUUCAUAAUUAAGCACAGAUUUUGCUCGUAUUUUCUUGUCUAAAAUUUUCUAUUGAAUAUACAGGGUGUCCCAAAAGUAGACGUCUAAACGAAAGGAGGCGAUAGAGGAGGACAGUAGCAAUUAAAAAAAACCCAUAUACUAUUAUUUGAUUGUUGAUGGUUUAAAAGUUAUUACCGUUUUUCUGUUUUUUAUAAAAAUAGUGUCAUGAAUUCUGUAAAGAACUCAUAGAAAGAAUAUCCUCACGUAUUUGCGUGGUAUUUGUUAUGAAUAUUGCCUUAAAUAGUGUACUUUUUCAUAAGUAAUAAGUGCAUGCAAAACAAUUGCUUCUGUCACUACUUAGAAAAUGAUUAUUUCCCAAUGUGUUUAAAUUUUAUAUACACAUUUUUGCGUUUGAAUUGAUGCUGCUACAAAGCACGUGUUCGACCAAAAAUAAACAGCUAUCAAAAAAAGUUGCUUUAUUUAUGCAGAUUCUUUACGGUCAAAUAUUUAUGAUCAGAAAACUAAACAUUCUUUUUCAAAUAAUUUUUAAGAUGAACAUACCGUUUCCCUGUCGCGAAUGUAAUUAGUUUCUUUCUGGUUUUU